GUUUGUCUCACCUGCUCGAAAUCACUUCAAGAGGCGCGCGAACAGGACAUUUUCAGCUCGCUACAAUUAAUAUGCACGUAUCGGACAGUUAACACUUCACUUUAGAUAACAGUGGAGCGCGCAUGUAUGAGCCGUGCGCCCUUCUGACAGAACCUCUCCAGAAACGCGUCAGUUUCCUGCGUGACAACUUGGCAACUCGUCAGUCCGUGGAUUUAACAGUAAACGCGGAGCCCUUCACACGGUCGAUCUGAUUUUAAGGUACCGUAUUAUGGAACUGAAAACAGGCCAAACGCAAUGCAUGGAAGUCUUGGAUAAUGCCGAUUCGUGAUGGAGUCACUGUGAUCUCUGUUUCACUAUUCUUUGGACAACAAAUGGCAGCGAAAUAAUCCGCAUGGGCACUUGAGCACUUUAAUGAAGAAUAUUUGCUAGAAAAUAAAAGUGCAUACAUUGGGGAAUAAAUUGUGUUGAAGUGUUAGGAAUAAAACAUUGCAACCUGCGAGGCUGUGCGUAACGAACUAAACCGCGACGAUGGAGCACACGGGAAUCGAAGAGGUGAACCAGACCCACCAGCACGAGCCCAUCAGCUUUGGAAUAGAUCAGAUUCUCAAUGGCUCGGACCAGCCGAGCAGCUGCAUGCUCCCGAGCCGAACCAGCGACACGGACUACCCACUCGCGCCCAACGUGUACGCCAACGGCUACAACAGCAUGUACAAUCCGGCCUGUUCGAUGGCGGCGAGUCUGGCAGGUUCCUACAAUGUCAACAUGAACAUGAACGUUAGCAUGAAUAUGAACGUUAACGUGAACUCAGGGAAUGCAGGUGGUGUCAUCCGCGUCCCCGCACACAGACCCAUGCCACCCGCCCCUCACCCGCCUGCUCCACAUCCACAUAGCAUCGCGGCGGGGAUGCCCACCGUGCCCACAGUGCCCAGCAUGGGCAACCACGCCAGCUUCUCGUUUCCCUGGAUGGAGAGCAGCAGAAGAUUUGCAAAGGAUCGAUUGACUGCUGCUCUUUCACCGUUCUCCGUGACAAGAAGGAUCGGUCAUCCGUACCAGAACCGAACUCCGCCGAAACGGAAAAAGCCGCGCACGUCAUUCAGUCGCGUGCAGAUCUGUGAGCUGGAGAAACGCUUCCACCGGCAGAAAUACCUGGCGUCCGCGGAGCGCGCGACGCUCGCCAAAGCCCUCAAAAUGACAGAUGCUCAGGUCAAAACCUGGUUCCAGAACAGGAGAACAAAAUGGAGGAGGCAGACGGCGGAGGAGAGGGAGGCCGAGAGGCAGCAGGCCAAUCGUCUGAUGCUGCAGUUACAACAGGAAGCCUUUCAGAAGACCCUGAGUCAACCUCUACAACAAGACCCUCUCUGCCUACACAACUCCUCGCUUUACGCCCUGCAGAACUUACAGCCGUGGGCCGAAGAAAACAAGGUGACCUCCGUCACCUCAGUCGCAUCUGUGGUGUGACCCACACCUGUCUUGUGUGCUAUUUAAAAUGAGGAUUUUAUAGUCCGGGUGUAACAUUAUACAAUCCCAAUUAGAACUUAAUUUGGGUGGAUCUCUGACAUUUGGACUCAUUUUAGGAACAUCUGUAUGAAGCCGCACAUGCUUUUUUUGUGGAACGUUAAGAGAUCUCACUCUUUUAACCUAUUUUUUCCAGUCACGUAAUCAAUUUCAGUGAUUUGUUUUUGAUAGGAUCAGCGAUGAAAUGGCAGUCUAACAACCAAACUGUAUUUUUAUGUACUUGUUUAUUGCUCAAGCAGUUUCAUUAAUACUUAUUUAAAUCUCGGCAUGGAAGCCUAAUAUAGUAUUCCCAGUUAAAAUGGAAUCAAAAUAUGCAAAUCCUCUUCACGUUUUCAUUCCCACAUACAUCUGAUUGGUCAUUUACUCGU